GUCUUUGUCUAUCACGGUUGAUWCAGAAGGUCUAACAUUGUGAAAUCGCAGAUAAAGCAUGUCAACUGAAGAACCAGCUGCAAAGAUGUCCAAAACAGAUGAAGACGAUCUAACUGAAUCAAGUCCCUUCUCAUCACCAUGGCACUUUAGUGAUGUGGUGCUGUUGGUUGAGGGACGCAGAUUCCAUGUGCACAGGAGCACCUUAUCAAUGUGGUCCCCAGUAUUUGAGAGAAUGUUCUCUUCUGAAUUCAGAGAAAAGUCAUUGGCAGAAAUUGAGUUACCAGGAAAAAGUGCCAAAGAAAUUGACGUGCUUCUGAAAUUGAUUUGCUUCAAGAACAAACAGAAGUCUGUUAGUAUUAAUUAUAGCAACCUAAAGUUUCUUCUAAAACUCUCUGAYGAAUAUCAAAUGGAUGAUGUUACAGAAAUGUGUGCUGACUUUAUGACGUCAACUUUGGAUAAAAACAACUGYCUUCUUUUCUAUGAAGCUGCUGAUCUGUACAACUUAGACGAAGUGAAGUCAAAGUGUAUGAACUGGGCAAAAUCCUUGACCAUUUCCUCAAUUGAAAGGAAUCAGAAUUUUAACAAGAUGAGACUCGAGACAAAAUAUGAAAUUUUGGCAGAGAGAGUCAAGUCAUUGGAAGGUGUUUUAAGCAAGUUUUCUACAGAAUGCAAUAAACUUAUAAAUACUACAAAACUCUCCCCGCCUGAUAUCAGCCUUAACUCACAAAUACUACAGCUGGACCACCAUAUAGAGAAGUGUAAUGGAUUAAUGCAAAGAUGUCAAUCAGUACUAAGGAUAAGGAACUACAAUAAGAUAGUCAACAAAAAAUAGAUCUUCAGUUUGUAAUUUUUAAAUCAAAGACUGGAUGCAGAAAUGAUCUUUUGUGGACAGCCCUGUCUGUAAUCUAUCAAGAGUAGGAUCAUGGGCAGCCUAUCUCUUACAAUGCUUGCAAACUUUUAAACAUAUGGACCAAUACUCCAAUUUUCGAGUUGGUUUGCUCUGUAUUAGCCUCAAAACCAAGUAAAAUAUUCUUUUGUUUCAUUGAUAGCCUGAGAAAAUGCAUGGAAUUUGAAAAGAAAGACAAUGGAAUUGAUUUGAAAUCUCAC